GCAUGUACGGAGGUUUUGAUGGGUCUUUGGACCCACAAUGGCUCUCAAUACCAUUUGAGGACUCCACCAGUCGGUUUACCGGCUCCGAGGCACAUGUCGAUCGUAUUCAUUACGACACUUUUGACAUCCUUAAACUAGCGCCUCUUGCGCAUGAUGCUCCGCCUUCUUCGUCUCUACAGCCUCGACCGCCCCAGCUCCCGGAUGUGCCAUCAUACGCAAUUGACCGAUGAACCAAGCAAGGAUUUCGAGGUUAACAAACUCCUCGAUAUCAUCAAGACCGCCCUACGAGGGAUUUGCGCCACUGCGAGCACGCCGCUACUUGAUAGAGCAAUUGAUGCUCUAACGGGGUACCUUUGCGACAUGCAGAGCCGCCGCCAGGCGCUGGGAGCGGAUCAUCAGGCAGCAUAUCCAGUCGAUAUGCCUCAUGACGAAGCUUGGACAGAACCAAACCUACCCCCACCGGCGGAUUCUGUCAAUCCAAUGACGGCAACGAGUGGGAUCACAGGGGUCGCACAGGAUGGUGACCCCAAGAUCCUUAUAUGCCGCUACGGCGGCUGUGGUCUCAUGUUGCAUGGCGCGAUAUCUGUGAAGACAAUCAAGCAACAUCUCCAGGAGAACCACGGCGUGGCGCCUCGGUCCUCGCAAUCCUUCACAUGCGGGUGGACCGAGCUAGGCGGAACCCCAUGCUCUACUAGCUUACGAGCUGGUGGACUGGCAAAGCAUGUGUGUGACGUACACCUCCGAAUUGGUGCGAAGGUAUGCCCUCAUUGUAAUAAGGAACUAUCUCGACUCGACUCCGUCAAACGACACGUUGAAAUGAUGAAAUGCCGGGUCCUUCGAGAGAACUCGGCGGUGGGAGCUGGGCAAGGAAGGCCUCCGGUGCCACUACGAAGGGCGAAGCCGCUUCAACGUAUUCUCGACAUGCUGCCCCCAGAAGAAGCAGAGGAAUGAAGCACCUACUCAACGCCGCGCACAUAUCAGGGGAUCUUCAUUCAGGCCCAGGCGGCGGCGCUCGUCAGCUCCGUGAGGCCUUGAUAGUACUCACAAUGACACACUGUAUCAGUUGGUGAACUCAUUUCACGUGGAAGUGAUCCUCAAUCACUUGAUGUUUUCUCCGUCACGGUGUGCCGCCUCGAGCUCGCGAC